CAGAGGUGAAGGUUAUUUCCGUUUCCGGGCAGACGCAAGGAGCCAACACCAUGGCGAAGUCCGGGGAGAAGAUCGGCGGCAGCGGGAAGAAAAGCCUGAAACGGAAAGCCGCUAGCGGAGAACUUCAGGAGGCUGCAGUGGCUGAGCAUGAGACGACAGAAAGCGGGGUCCAACCCCCGAAAAUGGCUGCCUUUCCCCCAGGCUUCAGCAUUUCGGAGAUUAAGAACAAACAGCGGCGACACUUAAUGUUCACGCGAUGGAAACAGCAGCAGAGGAAGGAAAAGUUGGCAGCCAAGAAAAGACUUAAAAAAGAGAGAGAGGCUCUUGGUGAUAAGGCUCCACCAAAGCCUAUACCCAAGACCAUUGAUAACCAACGAGUGUAUGAUGAAACCAUAGUAGACCCUAAUGAUGAAGAGGUUGCUUAUGAUGAAGCUACAGAUGAAUUUGCUUCUUACUUCAACAGGCAGACUUCUCCCAAGAUUCUCAUCACAACAUCAGAUAGGCCUCAUGGGAGAACAGUAAGACUCUGUGAACAGCUCUCCACAGUUAUACCAAACUCACAUGUUUAUUACAGAAGAGGACUGGCUCUGAAAAUUAUUCCACAGUGCAUCUCAAGAGAUUUCACAGACCUGAUUGUUAUUAAUGAAGAUCGUAAAACUCCCAAUGGACUUAUUUUGAGUCACUUGCCAAAUGGUCCAACCGCUCAUUUUAAAAUGAGCAGUGUUCGUCUUCGUAAAGAAAUUAAGAGAAGAGGUAAGGACCCCACAGAACACAUACCUGAAGUAAUUCUGAAUAAUUUUACAACACGGCUGGGUCACUCAAUUGGACGUAUGGUUGCAUCUCUCUUUCCUCAUAAUCCUCAAUUUAUUGGAAGGCAGGUUGCCACAUUCCAUAAUCAGCGAGAUUAUAUCUUCUUUAGAUUUCAUAGAUACAUAUUCAAGAGUGAAAAGAAAGUGGGAAUUCAGGAACUUGGACCACGAUUUACCUUAAAAUUAAGAUCUCUUCAGAAAGGAACCUUUGAUUCUAAGUACGGAGAGUAUGAAUGGGUCCAUAAACCCCGGGAAAUGGAUACAAGUAGAAGAAAAUUCCAUUUAUAAAGUGCUGAGGGAAUAGUAUUAGAUUUUGCUGAACAGAACUUUCUAAAUUAUUUUUAACAGAGCAGCCUUUUCAAAAUUUACUGAUUUCAUAAACCUUUCAUGUCUGGACAAAUUGCCAAAUGUUGGUAUGUUUAUGUAGCAAAUAUAAAUAAAAGUCAUUUAGGUGACA